AUGUCUCCUCUUUCCGUGCCCAAAAUCUUCAUGGCUGGCGGUGCUGUCGGCUUCGGCUACUACCUCUACAUGCGCCAAUACUGGUUCCCCAACCCCUACAAGACCCAGGGCGUGCAGAACAUCGAGGACCGCUUCUCUUCCGGCGGCGCCUCGCCCACACAUACUCCCGCUGUUGCGAGCCAGCGCGGUACGGGUAGCUCCAUGGCCAACGACGGAAGACAUGGUGGUCCCAGCAAAGGCCCUGACUCGGAGUACUUCAAGGCAAACAUUAGCAGUCAGCAGAGCGAGCCCGUCUGGCCAGACAAGUUCUACGAGCAGCAGUACAACAACCCCAAGGGCAAAUAA